CAUGUUAUGACAUUUGGCAAAAAAACUCAAAAGUCCAAUGAAUAGGUACUUAAAGAAUUUUGAUUAAAUAUUUAUUAAUGUAAAAUUAUUAAAUUCUUAUAAACAAUUACUAUGUCGUUCAAAACGAAGGAUGUUGUUCUAUCUACGGAUAUGCCGAAAACUUUACUUUUACAAAAGCAUUCCGAUUAUUUAGCUAGCUACGGACUAAACAAGGAUGACUUCGAAUAUUGCAUGACGGAAUAUCUUAGAAUGUCCGGUAUUUAUUGGAGUCUCACUGCUAUGGAAUUGAUGGAUCAAUCAUCAAGAAUGCCAAAGGAGGAUAUAAUAGAAUUUAUAACAUCAUGUCAAGACAGUGAGAGUGGAGGUAUAUCAGCAAGCACGGGACAUGAUCCGCACAUGCUGUACACUUUAAGUGCCGUACAGGUACUAGCAAUGUAUGACAGACUAGAUGCAAUUGAUAUUGACGGAGUGGUGCGAUUUGUGGUGUCAAUGCAACAGGAUGAUGGCAGCUUUUUUGGUGAUAAAUGGGGAGAAGUGGACACACGGUUUUCGUUCUGUGCAGUCAUGACCCUAUCCCUACUACAUCGACUGGAUGCAAUCAAAGUGUCCAAAACAGUGGAUUUUGUAUUGAGCUGUAUGAACUUUGACGGCGGAUUUGGUUCCAAACCUGGGUCUGAGAGUCAUGCUGGUCUAAUCUACUGUUGCGUGGGAACGCUAUCAAUUUGCAAGCGGAUGGAUGCACUUAAAGCAGAUGAACUGGCGUGGUGGCUCUGUGAGAGACAGUUGCCGAGUGGUGGACUCAAUGGACGACCUGAAAAACUACCCGACUUGUGUUAUUCUUGGUGGGUAAUGGCAUCCCUAUCUAUGCUCAACAGAAUACACUGGGUGGACAAAGACAAUCUAGAGCAAUACAUAUUAGCCUGCCAAGAUGCAGAGACAGGGGGCUUCAGUGACCGCCCCGGAGACAUUCCUGACCCCUUCCACACACUCUUUGGUUUGGCUGGGUUAUCUCUACUGGGCAAUACACGCAUAAAACGAGUUAACCCUACGUAUUGUAUGCCGCAAGAAACUAUUGAUAGAUUGAGACUGGAACCACAGAUAUUGCUUAUUUAGUUUUAAGUUUAAAAUAAUAUUUAUGGAAUAUAUUUAAUGAAAUUUU